CCCGACCCAGACGAUUUCCUGGAGAAGGUAGCCAAGGCGGUAGCAGUGAAGCCGCUGCAGCAUUUAGGGGACGUCGCCAGCUUGGCCAACGACAUCUCUGACAUCGACGGCGCCGGGUUUGAGGCCUAUGUCGCCUUCUGGAUCGGGUCAUCGUGUGAUAUGCUAGGGGAGGCCGUUCUUGGUCCUGAGGCGUUAAGCCUCUGGAAGGAGCGACUUCCGCCGUUGGUCUGUCUUCGUAUAAUCCAGAAACCUUGGUGGCUCGACCUGCCAGCUGUUCCCAGGCUGAGCUUGCAAUAUCGCUUCAACGGUAUCGCUGCCAAGAAGGAGCUAUUUGCUAACCCCUCAAGCCCAUUCCCGGUUGGAUGA